AUGCACAGGCCGGUCGAAGAUGGCAUUGAAGAUAACCGACGCUCAGGGAGUGCAAUGUCCCAUCGCCGGGCAAAUUCCCACGUUCCUAGUGGAGGCGCAAUGGGUCGUCCUUUAGCUCAGGAGCCACGAACGCACUCAAUCCGAAAGAACGUGUUUCCAGCACAAAUCCACGCACGCACCAUCCCUAUCCCGGCAUCUCCAGCUUUGUCCUAUCGUGAAAAUGGUCAACGACGACACGAAAAGGAAGAGGCACGGGCACUACGAGCGGCCUUGCAGAAAAUGGAUAUUGAAGACGAUGUCGGUCUUCACCAAGCAGCCCAGGAUGAGGCCACAGAGCUAGUUUGGAUGCACCAGAAUCCCGGCCAAGCUUUUAAAAACCCUUAUGCGCCAUACCAAAAUCCCGAUGCCAACAAAAAUAGACAAAGUCCUGUCCGAAAUAGUCCGCGAGAAUCUAACCCCUCGACCAAUAGAUUUAGCCAGUCCACGGGCUCAAGUGUUUCCUCUGAUGGUAACUCUAGUCCAGAGUCAGCACGGAAACGAUCCUCUCUGGCUGGACCAUCAAAGAAGAAUCUCAAAGUUAAUUUCAAACUACCUGACGAGGAACCUGAGCAAUCUGUUCCUCCCAAAUCGCGCACCGUCAGCAGUGAUUCAUCUAAAGGAAUCUUCAGAAAUCCCAACGACCAAAUUUAUGAAGAACCCCGUGAUACUCAGGAAGCAAAGCCAGAAUUUUCUAAGUCUGACUCGUCGGCUUUGAAAAACAAACCGCGCAAUGCUCUGGGGCGUGUUCCUAGACCUCUGCCUUGGCUGCAGAAUAGAGCUCACAGCAGCCCUGUGAUGGAUAAAAUCUCGCGGUUCGAAACCAACAAGAACCCUCCCACCCAGUCGCCUAAAGCUGGAUAUACUCGAAACGAAAGUGCUACUCCUCCUCCUACCCAGUCACGCAACGCCGGUUACACUAGAAACGAUCCUGCUACUUCGACACCUCCCCCUGACGAAAAGGAUGAACUUGUCUCCACCCCGGAUGGAAGAGAGAGACGUAGUGACGAUAUCCGCGCAGCUACCAGCAAAAGACGCGGAGACCGCAGUGAAAAGCUACCCAUGCCUUCGGCCGUCAGUGAUCGAGUUGGACGCCCAAUCGUGAGCUUCGACCAAGAUUGGAAACCAAGUGAUCAGCCGAAGCCUGAUCGUCCAACUCUACCCGUAAUUGAAGUUGCAGCACCGACCAUUGAAGUCUCACCCCCCUCAAUCGAAGUCUCCGAGCCGUCUCCAAUCCCUGUGAUCAAUGUCCCGGACAUUAAAGUACCCACUAUCUCCGAGAUAGAGGCUCCUUCCAAGCAACCGACCAGACCGGUGCCAAAGUCGACGAGAAGCUGCCCAACUAACCAGACUUUUCCGAGACAGCAGGGAUCCGACUCCCAGAGCCGUUGGUACACACCCUAUACACGAUCUGGUGUCCCGACUGCAAGCUGCGAGCUAUGCACACUUCCAAUUUCCGGAAAAAUUGUGACUGCUGGCGGAUGUCGAUUCCACCCGGAGUGCUUUACCUGUUUCCACUGCCACACAGCUCUCGAAUGUGUAGCUUUUUAUCAAGAACCAGAGUCCAGCAGAGCUGAGAGACUAGCAGCCGAGACUGAUGAGCAUGAUCACGAGGCCCGUGUGCCCCGUUUCUACUGCCACCUGGAUUUCCACGAGAUGUUCAGCCCCCGUUGCAAGAGCUGCAAGACCCCCAUUGAAGGAGAAGUGGUAGUGGCAUGUGGUGCGGAAUGGCAUGUCGGCCACUUCUUCUGCGCAGAGUGCGGUGAUCCCUUCGAUUCCCAAACUCCCUUUGUCGAGAAAGAUGGCUUCGCAUGGUGUCUCCGCUGCCACUCGCGCCGUACCGCGCCACGUUGUUUGGGCUGCAAGCAGCAUGUCAUGGAUGAGGUUGUCAUUACCGCAAUUGGCGGCCAGUGGCACGAGCGCUGCUUCAAUUGUCAUGAGUGUGGCGAUGGUUUUGGUCCGGAAGGCCGCUUCUUCGUUCGUGAAGGAGAGCCCAAGCGAACAGCCAAGGGCCGUGUGAUCGGUGGUCCGGUCCAACUGGCGAUCUGUGAGAGAUGUGAAGGUAUCCGUCUCAAGGCGCCUGGGAUGUGCUAA